GUUUUACUGAAACGUGCACUCCGACUUCUUCCAAGAGUGUGAGAUUGGAAUAUUUACAGCGUGUGUGUGUGUGUGUGUGUGCGUGUGUGUGUGUGUGUGUUUUUAAUAGGCCCUGAAGGAUGGCUGACAGCACCUCCCUGUACAUGUGUUCUUCAUGUCGUCAACUCUUUGCCUCCCUGGAGGACGUUCUGGCCCACCACCUCACCUGCUACCUCAUAGUACAGAACUGUAGUACCACAGCUUCUGCUCAGACUCCUCCAGACUUCCAGCCCAAAUCACCUAUCUCCUCCCAAGCACAACCCAGCCUUAACUGCCCCCAGCCCUCAAACCAUGGAUCAGAGAGCACCACCUCGACGAGCUCACUGAAUCUACCCAGAGACUCAAACAACCAAACCCAGAGAGCCCCUCCUGUUCCCCUCAUCCGCUACCAGUGUGGUGAAUGUAAUACUCUGUUUCCUUCUCUUAAUCAGUGGCAACAGCACAUCAAGUUGGGCUUAUGUGGUGUCACUGUAUCAGAGGGGAAAGAAGGAGGUGAAGAUGAGGUGAAACCCAAAGCAAGUGAGAGACAGAAUGAAGAAUACUCUGAAAACGGAGACAUAGUGAGGGGAAGUAACUGUCAAACCACGGAUACAGAGGAAGGCAAUGGAACAAAGGCUGAGACAGUGGACAGGCUGACGAUGAAGCCUGGUCCACAGGACAGUGCUCAAGCUGAUCCACGUCAUGGAGAAAUGACCAAAAAUGGAACUUCCACCCAGCAGAGCAACAAACUUCUUGAGAAUCUUGGGAACCAACCAGAUGAAGAUUCUCUAGCUGCAGGCUUUGCCUCUGGUACCUUGGGCCCAACUCCUGCAGACACCUUCCUCUGCAUGCAGUGUGGCUCAGGCUUUAAGUCAGAGGAAGCACUGGCUGCUCACCGCAGCACCCAUCACGGUCUUGAGCGUAUGUUGCACUGCUGUGUUGUCUGCAGCCAGGAGUUUAUGAGCACUACACAAUUCCUCUACCACCGACGACAGCACAGAGAGAAAGGAGAGGGGUUACCUGUCACAGUAGCCCAGAGCACCAACCCUGUAUCAGGAUCCCUCAGUAACAUCACAGGUAGCACAGGUCAGUCACAGGAUCCUGCAGGCAUCCCUAAUGAGCAAGUAGUCUCUACUCCUGAAUCGGCCCAACCCUCCUCACCUUUACUUUCGUCUUCUAACCAAACCUCCUUUCCUACGUCACCUGCUACAAAAAACAGCUCCAGAACUCCGUGCCCAACCUGCGGCCAGGUCUUCAGGCGCCGCUGCCACAUGCACGCCCACAUGCUCCGACACAGUGGCCAGAAGCCACACCUCUGUGAGGUGUGCCACAAGACCUUUGCCCCCAAGAGCAACUUGGGCCGCCAUCGCCAAACACACACGACCCGGCAAGCCCACAUGUGCCAGCAGUGCGGGCAAAGCUUCACUCAAUCAGGCACACUCAAGAAGCAUCAGCUGCUGCAUGCCAGCGAAGAGCCUGUGACGGAAGUAGGUAUAGAUGGGGAGCUAGAGGGCAGCAAAGAAAAGACGGAAGUGGGUAAAGGAAAAGAAGAGACAUCAAGAACACUGUUUGUCUGUUCAGACUGCCCAAAUAAGUAUCGCACUCGGACACAGCUUCUGGUGCACAGGUUUGUCCACACUGGGCAGUACCCGUUUUCCUGUUCUAUCUGUGGGGAGUCCUUUCCACGUAAGAAGAGUCUGCAGCUCCACGCACUCUUUCACCAAGGAAAGCAGCCAGUUACUUGCCCUUCCUGCUCUGACCAGUUCCUAGACCAAACCUCAUUAGACACUCACCUGCCACUAUGCAAGCAGAGGGAGGCUUCAGGUCAAGAGGUGGACCCUUCCGUUUUGGGAGUAGCCAAAAAGAAGACCGCCGGUGGGGACAGGCGAACAGGGAAGUUGAUUUGUGACCUUUGUGGUCAUCGCUGCGUGACACAGGAAGGACUGGACCUUCAUAGACUCGCCCACUCUGGACAGACGCCCCUGCGCUGCCCACUGCUGCCAUGCAAACGGCGCUUUACCUCCAGCUCUGCUCUUCAGGAGCACAUGCUCAGCCAUGGCUCACCGACCCCUGAAACCGAUGCCAUCGGAGCUGACCCAAAGCCCCGUCCACACCACUGCCAGCAUUGUGGGAAAAGUUUCACCACUGCCUCUUCACUUAAUGUACAUCUUAGGAUUCAUACAGGAGAGCGACCCUUUCAGUGCGGUCAGUGUGGUAAACGUUUCCGGCAGAUCCCUCACCUUCGGGACCACGAGCGUCUCCACACCGGGACACGACCCUUUGUGUGCAGCGUGUGCAGCCGGGCCUUCUUACUGGCCGCACGCUUGGCCGAACAUGCCCGUACCCACAGUGGAGAAAAACCCUACCAGUGCCCAGUGUGCCAUCGUGCCUUCCGUUCGCUCUCCAACCUGGGCAAGCACCGCAAGACACAUGGUUUAGCCUUGGGCACUGAGCCCACUGCUGCUUCCAUGGAGAUGGCUAGUGCAGAACAGCAGGCUGGGGUGGGGGCAGUAUCCACAGGUCCAGCUGCUGUACACACUAUCUUGUUGGUCCAAGCACCAGAGACCAUGCCUCAAGAUACUGGCCCUAAUCCUGCUCAAAAUGUCACACCUUCUUCUGCACCUCUGGUCUUUCUACAGCCUGUGGUUAGGGAGGAGCAGCAAGGGGUUUUGGCUCCUGUCCUGCAUCAUGCCGUAGAGGUAGUGGUUGCGGAAAACCAUGAAUAGAGAUCAACAGACCAAGUAGAGAUCUUAGCCAUCUCAAAUGGCUCUUGGUUCUCAGCUCAGAACAGAAAGGAACAAGAAAGGAUGUUGGCCCAGAUUAGUUCAUGGGCAGAUAAGUUGUAUGGGUUGCAUGAGUUUGGUGACAACGAUCAGAAGUAGAAUCUGUUUCUGGGUAGAUUUUAUGGAGCCUAACCUUAUCUUAUAUUGGAUUACAUCAUACUUUUUACAUAAAGACAACAUGUAUACAGGUCCUUCUCCCACUGAGCUUUAACAAAGGAUAACAAUGUAGCUUGUAUGUUGUAAAUUGAACCAUAGAAUUGAGUGAAUAUAUUUUUAUUAAUGGCUAGAUGUUUUAAGAUGGGAUCAAAAUGUGUUGGUUCUGGGGAACAGAGUAAGACGAGAAAUUUGAACCAUGUCAGAGUUUCAACUAGGUCAUGAUAGUCAUAGUGAAGGGUGCCCCUCUCUUUAACCUUCUUGUUCAUCUCAUUUUAAAUCUAGAAAGAUUCUGAGCUCCAUAAUAUAUAAACCAAAGUCAAGAUGUUGGCCAUAAGGAAACAGGAACAAUGGAAGACUCAAUAUGGAUGGUAUCAAAUGUGCUUAAUUCAAUUACAAUGUCACAGACACAGUUCCAAGACAAGUAUGUCAUUUAGGAUGAAUGUGAAUAAAUGAAUGGAUUAUAUACAUCAUCUUUGAAUGUGUUAAAACUGUACUUUGUUUUUUUUUUUACGGUGUAGUGGUUUGUAAUACAUUACUACUCAGCCCAUGACAAUUUAAUUGGUUUUAUUGGCAAAAAGAUAAAGGAGAGUCAAUGGGCAGUGAUUAAUUUACAUUGUUCCUUUGUAAAUCUAAAUUAGUCAGCCCAAUAUAUCACUUGUCUUUGUUGCAUUUUCAUAUAAUUUGCUUGAAGGAUCCCUGACAUUCAAACCGUAAUGACAAAAUGUCUUCUAUGACAAACAGAGUCUCAGUACAGCAAGUACUGCAGCCAGCUUUUCUUCCAGUACUGAUCCGGUCGUAUCACCUUGGAUACUGAGCGACUGGGGAGAUUGUUUUGGGGGGGGGGUGUAUAUUAUGAGAUGGCUGUGUCUAUAUGUGGAUGGUUGGCAGCUGUUCUGGAGAGCCAGCCAAAGCCUAAUGGUGUCAAUCUCGCCAGCCUUUUCCUCCGUCUAAUGCCCAACACACUGACCUCAAAGUGCUGCAGAUCCUGGAUUUAGCUAGCCCCCUGCUUGUGUCCAAGCUCAGGUCUGCAAUGCAGAGAAAAAGAAAGAGAGAGAGAGGUAUAAAAAGAGAGGGAGGGUUUUGCAACUGGGCAAUGACAACAUCCAACAACGCCCUGAGGCACUGAGGCAUCCCCUCCAAUGUUUAUCACUGGAGCAUCACUUUAGCCAGACAGCAUUACUUGAAACAGUUAUAGGCCAACAAGGAUUGUUUCCAAAUUAUUCACAGUUUGCUUCCCUUUCAAACUGUUCUGAGAGCUCUCCUCAGGGGGCAGAUGGCGGCAGUUACCUUAUGCCAUCAUAAACACUUAGCAACACAAGCGUUAAUGCUAAUUAUUCAUUGCUAGUUCAUAAAGCUUAUGUGCAAUUGAAUUCAUGAGUAUGUGAGUCUUCCAAAACUCGCUGUGCUUUGGCUGUCUGCUUGUGUCCAUUCUGUUGCAUUGUAGGUUAUGGUGCCUGCGUCACCAUGAUAGCCACUGAUGUGAUGGAAGUGACAGGAGGCGAGCGGCAGGGGAGGAGGCAUGAGCGAUGCUUGUUUAGACUGAAGGAAGGCUGAGGGUAAAUAGGUGAGACAGAGUGUUUAACCUCUACUUGGGCUGCUGGGCUUGAGAGGCAGCGCAUCACAUGGGCGACUGCUCCAAUGUCAGGUUCGAUGUGUAGCAAGCUUGGUUGACAGUGUGGGCCUGGUGAAUGACAGAAAAAUGGUAGCCAUUUCUUUUUCAGCUUCCAAUAAAGCAAUCAGUGUACUUUAGUAUUUCACUCUGUAAUUUGGUGGUUUUAGUGUUUUGCUAAUUGCCAGAAAGUAAAAGGCAUUUCCACCUCAAAAUGGGGUAUGUUAGCAACUCCAGCAGGAGGCUGUCAGAAGCCAAUAAAAGCAAACAGCUUUUGGCCAGUGCUGCCAGCGACAGUAACAAGUACUGUAGCUUUAGAAAUGAGAUUAGCAUAGACAACCUCCAAGAGACAAGAAAAAUACAGGGAUACACACCAAUGGCAAAGCUAAUCAACUCUCCCUCCAGGGCCCUGGGGUAACAGACAGACUCAUAAAGAAAUCACGCUUCUCUUUAAUGGUCUCAAUCUGAAAUAGUCUCCAUUGUGACACAAAACCUCAGAUUCAACUUUCAGCUCUUGAGCUUUACCGUGUGAAGUUUCACUUAUAUUCUUGCAGAAUGUGCUGAAAAGGAAGCCAUAAACAUUAGCCUCUCAGUCAUUUACACAUACAUUUUGUACAUUGCUUUGUGAUGCAUAGAAAAAAUGAAAGUUUUGAAACUUUGUGUUAACCUGUUUGUGCCUUAUAAACAGGGCUCUGAAUCUGAAUAAUCUAAUAAAAUAAAUUUAUCUAAGCAAAACUAA